AUGAGUGCAGAUGCAGUUUUCUCUCUUCAAAACCAGUCCACCGCCAUUGACUAUAGUGGGAAGGUCCCUGUGGAGCACCUGGACUAUGAUUACAUUGAAAAAUGCAAAGAUGUAAAAUACCUGGAGAAGAUCUUGAGAGUGCUGAGGUCUGGCGACGAGGGCAUUUAUCCCCAUCUGAUCAAGUUCUGUGAGAGUCACUUGGAGAAACUGGACCCUAGGAGCCGAGCUCUCAGAAAGGAAAACCCUGUGGCCACAGCAGCAAGCCUCUCUAAAGAUGAGUGGAGCCAAAUUGUUGACGAGUUGAAGACAUGGCAAGAAGAAACUAAAAAGACUGAGAUUUCACUGAAACAGCAGUCAGUCUUUGAUGAUCCAGUGAAAGAAUAUAUGCCACCUAUAAGAGGUUCCAAUUGCUCCGUUCCACUUAGUCAGACUUCAGUUCCAAAAGAAAAGAGGAAUUCUUCAAAACACAUUCUCCCACGUGAUUAUCGAGAAUGGGACAAGUUUGAUGUGGAAAAAGAAUGUGAAAGGAUAGACGGAAAUGUGGUCAAAAAUGAUCCACAUGCUGUUAUAAACACAAUACACCCCAAAAUCAAGACUGAAGUGGAUGCUUCAUUGCUGACACAACAGGAAAAGCUCCUUCUGGCAAAUCGUGAAAAGGACAAAGGCAAUGAAGCUUUCAGAGCAAGCGAUUAUGAGGAGGCAGUGGCAUACUACUCCAGGAGCCUCUCCAUUGUACCAACUGUGGCUGCAUGCAACAACAGAGCCCAGGCAGAGAUCAACCUCAAGCACUGGCACAGUGCCAUGAGAGACUGCCAGUGGGUACUUGCUCUGGAACCAGGCAAUAUGAAAGCCCUGCUGCGUCGUGCCACUGUUUAUUAUCACAUGGGCAACUUCCAAAUGGCUGCUGAAGACCUAAGGAUGGUGCUUAGGGAAGAGCCACAGAAUGCUGCAGCCACUCAACUUCUGUCUGAAACUGAGAAGAAGAUGAAGGAAUGUCAACCAGAGCAGCAACGCAAAGGCAAAAAAAUCCUUAUCAAAGAAGUAGAAGAGGACGAUGACGGUAACGGUGAGACAAAACUGACUGCUUGUCCGGUUGAACCUAGCCAGCCUGUGGGAGGGGAGGAGAGAUCAGCUGCUCCUGCCGAAAGGGGAGACAUGGGUAACGCUCAAAAAAAGCCCCACGGCAGAGGAGACGGGGGUCCACACAGUGAGUUCAACAACUCCCACCAUGGACACUGGAGGAGCAAAGGAGGAAGCUCUGACAAGUACAAAGUCACACAGGAGUCCAAGGAAAAGGUGACUAAUGGAACAAGCAAGAGGGGGUCGACAGCUUCAGUCCAGGCUGAUCAGAGCGGCAGUGGUAAGGAGACUUCAGUUGGAAGAAAUGGUGGGGAAAGUGUCAACCUUGAUGCCCCAUGUGGAGCCCUGCCCCCACCUCUGGCCCGGCUAAAGAAUGAAGGAAACCUGCUGUUUAAAAACGGACAGUUUGCCGAUGCACUGGAGAAAUACUCACUAGCCAUUCAAGGCUACACAGAUUCAGGGAUUGAUAGUCCGGAGGAUCUAUGUAUUCUGUAUUCUAACAGAGCAGCUUGCUACCUUAAAGAUGGAAACAGUCAAGACUGCAUACAGGACUGCACAAAAGCCCUGGAGCUGCAGCCUUUCUCCCUCAAGCCCCUCCUGCGCCGGGCCAUGGCUUAUGAGUCCCUGGAGCGCUACCGUAAGGCCUACGUGGAUUACAAGACCGUCCUGCAGAUAGACAUCAGUGUGCAGGCAGCCCACGACAGCGUCAACAGGAUCACCCGGCUGCUGAUUGAGCAGGAUGGUACAGAGUGGAGAGAGAAACUUCCGGACAUUCCCCUGGUGCCUCUGUCAGCUCAGCAGCACCGCAGAGAGGAGCCACCCAGCGCAGAGGUCCUCCAGGCUCGAGCAGAGAAGGCAGCCAGGGAUGCGGAAAGGAAAGCAGAGGUCCGCUUUACUGGUUUGAAACAAGAAGGGAAUGACUUUGUGAAGAAGGGCCAGUACCAGGAUGCACUGGGAAAGUACACUGAAUGCCUUAAGCUAAAGCCAGAAGAGUGUGCUAUCUACACCAACAGAGCCCUGUGCAACUUGAAGCUGGAGAGGUUUACUGAGGCGAAGCAAGACUGUGAUGCAGCACUGAAACUGGAGCCAACCAAUAAGAAGGCCUUCUAUAGACGAGCCCUGGCCAAUAAAGGCCUCAAGGACUACCUGGCAUGCAGCUCUGACCUGCAGGAGGUACUGCAGCAGGAUCCCAACGUGCAGGAGGCUGAGAAGGAGCUGGAGGAGGUCACAGUGCUGCUCAGACAGAGUCUUGCCAACACCAGCGCUUCACCAGCCAAAGCCAGGAAGACUGUCCCCAUCACAGAGGUUGAGGGUGAUGAGGAAACGACAGCCGGUCCUAACUCAGAGAGCAGCUGCAGAGGAGAGGACAUCACCAUCAACCUCCAGUCCACCAACGCCUACGAGUUCGGCCAGGCUCUGAACGUGGCUCGCUGCAGCGGAAACACAGCGGCCUGCGCUCACCUCCUGGCCUCCACAAACCCGGAGAUGCUUCCCCAGCUCCUGAGCACCCAGCUGGAUGGCCACACCAUCAGCUUCAUCAUGCAGGCGCUGGACUCUCACCUCCUGGAGAAAGACCCCAACCUGGUCUACCGACACCUCAACCAUCUACACACUGCCGACAGGUUCUCGGUUGUACUGAUGCUGCUGGAGAAGGAUGAGCGUCGCUACAUGACUCAGCUGUUUGAGCAUCUGUCUGUUGUGGAGAGCACAGAGUUCACUAAGAACGAUGUUCAGAAUCUGGCCAACAAAUACAUCUGACCCUCCUGCCCCUGCUCUCUGCUGCAUGAGCUGCUGCACCACUACAACUCUUGGAUCUAUGCAAAACACUGCACAAGAACUGAGUACACAAAGGCAGGAAGCUGCAGAAUGUGCCCCAGAGCAAUACAAUGGAACUGAGUCACAUUCACUCUACUGGUGUGUGUUGGAAAAGAUCUGAUCACUGUAUGUUUGAGUGGAAGUGUAAGGAAUAUAUUUUUCUCUCCAGAACAUUUUGCUAUGCAAAUUUACUUUUGUACCACCACUAACCAUUUGCAUUGUACAACAGGCGGUGGGAUGCUUUGGACCUUUCACUUUAACUUACUGAUAGAUAGUGUCCUUUGUACACCAUUAUGUAAGGCUACAGGCAAGUGUUUCCCCUACAGGCAGUGGAGUUUGCUCAGGACAGGCUCAUCUUCCCAGAACUGAGCUCCAGCUGUUCAGGUCCUUGAACCCCGCCAGUCUUUUGAUAUCAGUCAUUUGAUAAAUGUGCUUCUGACAGUCACCAGUGAAGAUACUCAGUGCAUGCUGAAUAUUACCUAGCAAAGGAACAUGUGAGGUCAUUUGCUACUGAGCUAAUUAAGAUGUUCCUUGCUGCGGGCCUGUUUUAUGAUGACAAUAUGUACUUCUUGUUUCUGUGGAAGAAAAAGGCCUGCAUAAUAUCUUAUUGCUGUUCUGUGCAGUGUGGUGACAGUAUCUGUUGAUCUGAUAUCCACUGACAACGUUGUAGGAGGAAAUACAAUUUGUGACAGCACAUGACUCAGAUGUUCUCUUGUUUCUUCAGCUAUGCAAUUAGCAGUUGUAAUGUAAAGUCACUCUUAAAGGCUGGUGCUUGUGUCUUUUCCAUAAGGAAUGACAUAAUGUCACUCAUCCUAUUUGUUUACCAAAUUAGCCUGCCAGCCAACACACAUCUGCACCUUCGCAGCAGUUCAGCCAUGCAGAUGUGCACACACUGGAGAGAAGCAGCAUCUUUAUGAGAUGUGUGCCUUGGAUUUCAGACUAGGGGUCGACUUACAUUUUGGUGAGCGUACAGAUACUCCUUAAGAGCUUAUUUAUGUCAUUCAGUAGCUUUUAUCAGAAUGUUAAAUGGCUUGGAUUUAUGCAACCGAAACGAUACAUAUAUUUAAUUAGCUACAUGCACGUAAUUGUUUAAAAUAUCAUUUGCUGAUUUAAAGACAUUCUGUCCUUGUUAUAUAUUUAACUACAGAAUAUUCCAGUCGUCCAAAAAUUGAAGACUGCCUGAAUCCAAACCAUUCUUUGUUUUCAAGUGUUUUAUCAAUGCUACAUGAAUGUACCAAAUGUAGUUCAGGGUGACAAGUUGGGGGGUGAGAAGCAAUAAUUUCACAUUACAGUUUCUCUUCACCUUGGUUUUAACAUUAUAUUUCAGUAGAGAUGUACAAUAUUCAGAGGGCUAUUCAAUAAACUGGAAAAAUGUAAAAGCUUUCUUCUCUGUGCU